CCGCUAUUACGAUACAAUAUCAUACAUGUAGACGACGCGUUACGCGACCGCGCCGCAGAUCACCGGUGACCGGCGGACGAACGAUCGCGUGCGUCGUGUAUGCGAGUCUCUCUCGAGUACGCGUUUCGCGAUCGCAUGUGUCAGUGAUAUCGGUGUGUGUGUGAGUGUGUGUCUGCCGCCGCGAAUUUGACGACGAGUGAACGUGCCGCGCCAUAAGUUCGCGCGCGCCAAAGUUUCACCCGACGCCCUUUGUGAUAAAUUUAACCGUUUAAUUUUUUUUUUUCAUUCCUAUCACCCCCCCAAUUCGAAGCGGUUUAUUUAUCCGUUUUCGCGGGUCCCGUCUCCCCAGUGCUCGCGUAACACCGUCGAAUGUAUAAUAUAUAUAGAUACAUCUAGGCACAGGUACAUACCUGUACUUACACUCGAACCGUCGCCCGCUGUGCGGAUAAUAUUCGUCUGCCUCCACGUCGUCGCCCGGAUAAUGAAAACCUCGCUCUGUCUGUCAUUAGUGGAGUGGAGAAUUUUGAAGAUUAGUUAAGCACGCCAUCCAGAUGGUGAUCAAAGUUAUGGCUGGUAAAUGAAAGUGCGAAUGGGGUGCACAUGGGUUGCGCGUCUAGUAGUAAAGACGUCUUCAAAUAUCGUCAUAACGCGAUUGAAAAAAAUAAUACUGUUACAUUGGACCGUCUUUUACAUGAUCAAACAGCCAAUACAGAAUUAUGGAAUGCAGAACAUACAGUGAGCAAUAACGACAUAGCGAGUAGGAGUAGAUUACUGAAUAACCUGCCAGAAAUGUGGGACAAUUGUUGUAGAAGGAGUGGAUCUGCGUCCGACUUGUCAAGGGACACAGUAGAUGCAUAUUCACCAAUAAACCGGAGUGAUUCACCACUAGCACAAACGCCUGACAAUUUUAACAACUUCAUGUUUGGUUGCUCAAAAUAUAUUCAAGACCUGCGUUCAAAUUCUUCGUUAAAAAAGAUACUGGUAGUAACAUCUAAAGAUGAUUCAGUAUGGCAAUCUAUAACAACAACAGCCAGAAAUCUGGAAUGGACUGUGAACCGUGUUACUAGUACGGAAGAAGCACUGGAGUGUUUUCAUAAGGGUAAUGGAGUACCAACAGUAGCGUUUGUUGAUUGCAGAUUUCAAAAUGACAAGGCUGUAGACGCACAUCAAAUAGCGAGGUCGUUACGUUCGAUUAGAAAGAAUGCUCACGUUGUACUUGUCGCUUUAGUAAGGAAAAGCCUUGUGUUGAGAAACGAAAAAGACGUUACGUCCAUUUUAACCAGUGGAUUUAAUAAGAUAAUAGUAGAAACCUGCAACAAAAAUGUAUGGAUCAAAGAGUUACAACAGCUAGAAAAAGAAGAUGUAGCGAUGCGUUCAAUGUUAGCACAACAAGACGCAGUUUUAGCUGCAUUGGACAAGACCAAAGAUCUUGUUAUCAUUACCGACCUAAAACACAACAUUCAAUACAUGAAUAAGUCGGGCUCGGUGAUUUUGGGUUAUGGCGCCGAAGACAUGAUAAACAAACCGCUGGCUGUAUUCCACCAGCUGGGUGAUAUCGACCAAAUUACCAAAAAGCUAGAGAAAAACAUCGAAUGGGAUGGUAAAGUAUCGUGGAAAUGCAAAAGCGGCGAACACGUGUACCUUCAUUGCCGAGCUUCUCCGUUUCGACCGUUUGGCAAAGAUACAACGAAUUAUAUCUACAUACAAGAAAGUAUUGUUGAUGUACAUGGUUUUCCUAGAGGAAGUGUCCCAUCCAUUCGUAAAGGUUCAUAUGACCUCAAGUCUAUUAACAGCGAUGAUUUUUCUAUAAUAGGCGCACAAUCAGCUCGAAGACAAAGUUUGGCAAAACUACACAAUUUACCACUUGAAGCACCAAUAACAAAAGUAAUUUCAUUGAUAUGUACAGCUCAAGAAAACUCGAACGACCAAGUCGUACAAAUUUUGGAUAAAGUUGUUGAUAUAUUGCGAGUUACUGAGCUAUACUCGUCACAUUUAAAAACCGAAAAUAUCAAAUACGACGAUCCCGUUACGUCAGAUCUAAUUGGAGCUCUUAUUACGCAAGGGCCUGUGCACGUGACAUCUACUCGAAGAAGCUCUAAUGAUUCAGCCACUGUUAAGAGUCAGCCUUACGGUUUGGGUGUUGCUAAAAUGAAUUUUAUGACAAGUGUAACUCCUCAAAUCAAAGAACUCUUAGACAUGUCUCUAUAUUGGGAUUUUAAUGUGUUUAAACUCGAAGAACUUACUAUGAAAAGGCCUUUGGUACAUCUGGGAAUGAAUCUACUGACACACUUUGAAGUACACAAAACAUUAGGUUGUGAUGAACGAACAUUGCACGCAUGGUUAACUGUGAUCGAAGGUCAUUAUCACGCUAAAAAUACUUAUCACAACUCCACACAUGCCGCCGAUGUUCUCCAAGCAACCGCCAUGUUUUUAGAAAAAGAUCGCAUAAAAAGGCUUUUGGAUCAAUUGGACGAAGCUUGCUGUCUGAUUGCAGCGAUCACACACGACAUCGAUCAUCCCGGAAAAUCGAGUGCGUUCUUAUGUAAUUCUAAAAACGAUUUGGCCAUUUUGUACAACGACAUAAGCGUUUUGGAAUCUCACCACGCCGCUUUAACGUUUAAGCUCACUACCAAGGACGAACGAUUGAACAUUUUUAAAGGUCUGGAAAAAGACACUUACAAAGUGGUAAGACAAAACAUUAUCGACAUGAUAUUGGCCACCGAGAUGACGAAGCAUUUCGAACAUUUAGCCAAAUUCGUGAGCGUCUGUAACAAACCAUCGACACUCGACGAAGCGCCCGUCGACGGAUUAACUCCUAGCGAAGUAAGUCCUGAGACUAUAAUGCCUACCAGUGCUGAGGAAGUAAAUCUGGUGAAGAGAAUGCUAAUCAAAUGCGCAGACGUGUCCAAUCCGACUAGACCAUUAAAAAUGUGCGUGGAAUGGGCAAAACGGAUUGCCGAGGAAUACUUUAAUCAAACUGACGAAGAGAAACUCAAUCAUUUGCCAGUGGUGAUGCCAAUGUUUGACCGAGUGUCGUGCUCCAUACCAAAAUCGCAAAUCGGCUUUAUGGACUACAUCAUAAAUGACAUGUUUGAAACAUGGGACUCGUUCAUAGACAUGCCGGAAAUGUUGUAUUACAUGAGGAGCAAUUAUCAAUAUUGGAAGGAUCUGGAAGAAAAAGGAACAAUCAGCUUUAACGACAUUUGCAAAAUGAUGACCACCACUUUGCCAAAAAUACCCGAGUCCAGUGGCAAUCACUGAGAAAAAUUAUGGUCAACGUUCUACAAACUACCGUGUCCAUCGUUAUGCGGAACAUAACGGUUGGCGGAUAAUAAUAUUUUUAAAUAUGUUGUCCUGUUAUUGUCUGAUACAAAAUAUGUCCAACGAUUCCGCCGAUGUUACAUUACGGAAAUAUUGUUUUAUAAGACUAUUUAUUUUUCGUAUCCACUGAUCAUUGAACAAAAACUAAUUAACCAACGCAAUAUUUAUCUUUAUGUAUAAAAUAUACUUCUAUUUUACUAGUGUAUGCUAUUUUAAACUUGUAUAUACUAUUACCUACCUUCAAAUUGAGUAGAUUUUUUUCUAUUAUAAUAAUUAUGAUUAUUGUUUUAUCAUCUUUGAUAAAUUAUGUAAGUUAUACUUAUACGCUAUUUUCUGCGUUUUAAUAUAAAAUAUCUUCGGUUUACAUAAAAUCGAAUUUAAAUACUAUUUGGUGUUUAUAAAUUAUUAUUGUACGUUAAAUUUUUAUUUUUUAGCAUAUUAUAGAUUUUUCGCCAAUACUUAAGGUACCUAAAAUAUUAUCAUGGUAAAUUAUUUUUGUUACCACUAAGAUUAACUAAAGACUAUUAAUAUUAUACUUUAUAUUACUUACUACGUUGUAUUGUAAAAAUUAAUAUAUAAAAAAAUACCAUUUUAUUUGCAAACAUUUUGGGUGCUUCCUGAUCUUAUGAAAUAUGUGUUUAUUGACAAAAAAAUUAGAUUUUGUUUAUACAUAGUUGAGCGUUUAUAAUUUGAAAUUUAGUCAUUCGUGUAUAUUAUAUUGCGUAUCCAAACACCUUAAUCUCUCAACUUUUACAUCAUUAUGAGUUUACAUAUAAAGAAUAUUAUGAAACUUUAAAUUGAGUUCUUUACACUCAUGUAGUUGGCUUCAAUUUUAUAAUCUAUCGUAAUGAUGAGUACAAAAAAGAUUCAAAUUAUAAUGUACUAUUUUGUUAAAUACACGAGCGCUCUUCCAUUCCAUAAUUCAAAACAUGAAUUUUCUCGUUAACCAUAUCUAUUUUUACAUUUCAACAAUAUACUUAUUAUUUUAAAAUUCUAAAUUAGUUAUAUAUAACUAUAAACUAUAAAAAUAUAUUUUAAAUGUUAUAAUAUAUUUAUUUACUAUUAUAAUAUUACAAAACCAAAUAUUUAAAUGUAUUAUUGUAUAGCUUUUGUACAUAUAAAGGCGAACCCGAAAUGUAAGUAUUAAAAUUAAAACAAUAAAAAAUAUAUUCUUAUUGUUAUAUUAUAUCAUGUUAAUAUUGGUGUAAUUGUUCAUUAAAACACAUGAUCAAAGUCAGUUACCACAUACCUAUAGUCUAUAAUGCACAUGAAAUAUAAUAUUAUAACAUGGUAUUUAAGGACUGGAUGUACACUAAAAUGAUCAAAUUGUAUUUUAUCUAAAUAAACUACUUAUAGUUAAUAAUAAUAACUUCAUGAUUAUUGUAAUAUGUAGGUAGGUACUCAUUGUACACACAUAUUAUAAUGCAUAAUAAGUUUAACAACUUUUUUAUGUUCAACAUAAUAUAAUAUUAUUUUACAUUAUUAUAAGCUUUGAAAUAUUGUGUUUUAAUAACUUAUUUAGUAUGAAAAUAACUAUACACUAUAUCAUUCUUCAUUGUAUACUUUAUGAUUAAAAAUUUAAAAACUUACCAAUAUUAUAAA